CAUCACAAGACUUUGUCCUGUCCUUUUACUGAACUUCCCUGUGUUACUCUGUUUCUUGUCAGUCAUGUUUCUGUACCUUAGCUGUCCCCUGACUUGUGUACAGCAUUCAGUUAACUUAGUUUCAUUUUUAAUAGCCGAUACUUCAAAUUACCUGUAUGGACUGAGCAUGAAAAGAAAUGGAACAAAAGCAGGAUACCUUAAGAGAAAAAUAACUCAAGAGGCCGUGGUAUUCAAGUGUUUGUUUUUUAAUAUAUUUCAUAGAAAGUUCACAUGAAAAACACCUGGAUCAAAAAGUUCUGGUAACCACCAGAAGCUAGAACCAACCAGACAAAGGUUCCAGAGAAUCAGCUGAUGCUCUCCUAGUGUAAUUCAUUCACUGUCAUAUUUCGGCCGGACCCCAUCCUAGAUGUUGUGGGACAAGAGGUGGGGUUCAACAACAACAACAACAAUCUUUAUUUAUAGAGCACAUUUAAAAGCCUUGGGCAUACCAAAGUGCUUUACAUAAAACAAUAAAGGUUCAAACAUUGAACCUUUAUUGGACAGAUUGGUGACCACGGACAGGUCACCAAUCUGUUGCUGAGAGACAACUGUGCACACCUACAGCCAAUGAAGCUGGCAUGCAUGUCUUUGUGGCAUGCGUGUUCAAGAAGUUUCUGUAUCCAGGUUCUGUACAGUGCUGGUGUUAGACACGGAACAUGCUGUGAAUACUGACAGUGGGUAAAAGUAUACGACAGACGAAUUCCCAUACGUCUGUUUGGAAAUGUUUAAUGAUUGUCCAAGUCGUCCUGGACACUUCAGCGAGUGGUCAGCAGCUAUGCAGCCUGUGUCCGGUGGGCGGCGGUAUAGAGACGCUAAGCUUGUUGUUAAGCGUCGUAGCUAAAGAAGACGCGAGGCGGGGAAGAAGAAAGAAACAGGACGUUGUGUUAAAUCUGAGAAUGUGCAGAUUGCUGAAGAUGAAUAAACCUCUUUAGUUUCUGUCACGUCCCAAUUAUCAGACCGUGUGUCUGCUCGACAAACCGACUGAGAGUGCAGGCUGCUGAUCCUCCGCUGGAAUUAUAACUCAAAAUGAUCAGAAGACCUCAUAACCUGCCUACACUGAACCAGGGGGGAGCCCUUUUCCACACAGCAUCUGAUUGAGUGGUAGAGCAGCGAGUGUCCCAUCAACAGCAUUCGCUCAGGUUCACCAGGCUCUCUGAAGUUUCUCCAGUCAUCCACUCAUCAUGGUGGAGUACUACCAGGUUUUAGGAGUACGGAAGGAUGCGUCUGCAGAUGACAUAAAGAAAGCGUACAGAAAGCUGGCCCUGAGGUGGCACCCAGAUAAAAACCCAGAGAACAAAGAGGAGGCUGAGAAGAAGUUCAAGGAGUUGUCGGAGGCUUAUGAAGUCCUGUCUGAUGCAAACAAGAGGAGUAUAUAUGAUCGUUAUGGCAAAGAGGGGCUGACAGGGAGCAACGGUGGAAGAGGGGCGCACUUCCACAAUGGAGAGCAUUUCCAUGAACCUUUCACGUUCCGUAACCCAGAAGAUGUUUUCAGGGAAUUCUUUGGUGCCAGAGACCCGUUUGCAGACUUUUUUGGUGCAGAUCCAUUUAGUGAUGACUCGUUUUUUGGUAGUGGCCGGCGGCACCAAAGCCGGGCAAGUCGUAGCCGGACAGGUGGCCCUUUUUUGGGGGGCUUUGGUUUCCCAGCCUUCGGUGCCGGCUUCUCCCCUUUUGACCCAGCCUUUGGUUCUUUUGGCUCCAUGAGCGCCGUGGGUCAUAUCGGUCACAUGGGUCACAUGACAACAAUGGGCAGUAUGGGAGGAGGCGGCUUCACCUCUUUCUCAUCAACCUCUUUUGGAGGAGGAGGUGGAGGAAGCAUGGGCAACUUUCGAUCUGUGUCUACCUCCACCAAGACCGUCAACGGCAGGAAGAUCACUACUAAAAGAAUUGUAGAGAACGGUCAGGAGAGAGUUGAGGUGGAAGAGGACGGCCGGCUACGCUCAUUAACCAUUAAUGGCAAAGAGCAGCUGCUGCGACUGGAACACAAGUGAAGACACGCAAACAUCCUCCACUGGAGACGUGUUACCUCAGUACCGAGAUCCCAAUAAAACUUGAGCUCACAGUGGAAUAAACAAAGCAACAAAACAAUGUAACAAUAGCUGUGUUUCAUUAGUUGGUUACUUACGUUGUGCUGUUCCAUUCAUGUCCUUCCCCUGCUGACUCUCAUUUGUUAACCAACACUUUGACUCCAAGGGUUUUCUAUGCAUUUAGUUGUUGUCUAUGAAUCGAAGCCGUCCUUUAUUUUUGCUCAGGGUGGUGUUAUUUUAACGUUUGGGACCACAGUAUUGUUUUGAUGUUCUUCCCCAUUUCAGUACUUUGAGCUUCGCGUCAUCCACAUCGAGGCGUGACUUUGCUCUUUCAUCUGAAUCGGAAAAAAAAUGAUUUUCAUUUCGAAACGUGGGUCAGAAGUUUCUAUCCCAGCACCCCACGUUUAUUGCGUGUCUAACCGAUUCUUAAUUUAUUUAUUUUUAUUAAAAACACAAUGCUGGUAGGAUGUGUUUUGCAAUUUUAUAUGUUCUAAUACCUGUGUGUUUCUGUUUAUUUAAUGAUGCAUGUAUACCUGUUGAUGUCAAGUCUUAAUGUCAAAGCUUUUGAUGGAAGGCGUUCCAUAAAUGACAAAUGAAUAUGGAAGGAAUUUUGUGUACUUUGUAAACCAAUAAAUCUUGAGUUUCAUCCUGUUUUCAGGAUGUUGAAAUAUUCGCUGGCUCUGGCUUUAAGUUUUCAGGGAUUCAGAUGAACAGCUUCUGUUUCAGUGUCCAUCGUGGUUAAAAACUCGUUGGUCUCUUUAUUUAUUCAGUCUGUGUUGAAAUGAAUAGUUUCUCAGGUGUAUCGGUCAGCAGUAUUAUAACGAUUGUACCACCAUGAAAUAUUUUACAGUAGCUUAAUUCCUUGCUUGCAGAUUUAGUGAUUUACUCGUCGUUACACAGGCCUGGAUUACAUCACAUCUUCGGCCUGAGAACCGAGGAAAAAUGAAUCUUCCCAUUGAACUUUGUGGUUUCCUUCCUCUUUGGAGCUAAAACAGGCCACACAUUUAGUCUUAAACCUUAAAGGGGUAUUAGUGACCACAGUGAAAACAUCAAGUAUUUUAGUAUAUUCCUACCACAUUCUCUCUGAGCUGCCUCAGAGUUGACUAUUUAUUUUAUGUUAGAACAAAAAUCAAAAACAUGUUGGUUGUGCCAAAUGACUCUAGUCCCCUAACGAAAGAAGCAUACCUGUCUGCUGACGUGAUCUGUUUGCACCAGCACCUUCAGGGGAAUAUGCUUUUCUUUUAACUGGCACAUCAGCAGCUGUCCAGAACUGACUUCUUCAUCGUGAACAUCCUGUGUGACACUGAAAAACAUUCAAUGCGUUUGUCAUUAUGCAUGCUCAAUCCUCCAGGUAAGUAAAUCCCAAGAGGUCGAUUUUGUCCACCUGGACGUCUUCAGUGGGAGAAACAUUUCGUCACUCAUCCAGGUGGCUUCUUCGGUCUCAGCUGACUGCAGGUUUCCAACCUUAUAACAGUACAUUUGCACAACUGGUCCAGCCCACUGAAUCAACAAGGGGCUGUGAGGUCAGCUCCUGGAUCAUUAAUAUGCAAAUUGUCAUGACCACUGAUCAAAGACGGUGAGUAGCAUUCA